AUGGCCACCUGGAGCUUGAGCUGUUUCCGUGGACAACCUCGCGCUCUUGCGGCCAAAGACGUCUUACCUCCGGGAAGUAGACGAUGGACGGUGGAUCUGUAUCUUUCAGAUAAGGCUGCCUUCUUGGACCUGCAUUGUGAUGAUCUCAAGACAACCUUGAUUGAAGAACAUUCAUGUGAAAAGAAACCGGACGAUGGCGAAAUAUACCGCAAAAUCCGAGAAUACCAAGGAUAUGGAGGCGCACGGAACCCGUACUUUGAGAAACGAUGGUGGGCUCUUUUGUACGGGAUAUCUGACCAUAAGUUCGAUAACAUGAAGCAAAUCAUCCGAUAUCACGAUUUCAGAGCAGCUCGAUAUCCAGCUAGAUGUUCCUGGGCUUGCAGGAGGGAUGCACUUGGGCUCAACGCACAAAUGUUCGGGAUGAGGUGUCAUGAGGAAAUCUUACAUUACCUCGACAAUAUCAGGGAAUCUUGGACCAAGAUCUUUCGUAAAUAUAGGCAAGCGAUGCUGAAGAUGCGUAGUGACAAGAUUUUCAGCGCUUUUACCGACCAAGAACGCGAAGUUAUAUGGACAGAUAUACUGUCCGCCUCUGUCGACCGUCUAAUCUCGUCUCUUUCGAGCUUCUUUACAGAUGUUAACUACUUAGAAGAUCCAGCCGACCGCGUAAAAACCUUGAUGGAAUUGUGGCCGGGAGAAACCGUGUCGUCUGCCUUAGAACGGAUCUUUCGUGACGUCAACCAGGAAACCGAUUGA